AAUAAUUAAUACAACAACUGUAAAAGUGACAUUGAAGAGCUCACGAAUCUGAAGAAAUCCCUCUUCUCUAAGAGAAUUUCUGAUCAAUUUACACUUUCUCUAUCAGUUUUCUUGUUAAUUUAAUGGAUUUUUCAGAGAUAUGGGCUAUAUUUGGACCUGGGGUCGCCGGCGCUGUCUUCGGCGCCGGAUGGUGGUUCUGGGUUGACGCCGUUGUUUGUAGCGCCGUCAAAAUCUCUUUCCUUCAUUAUCUUCCAGGUAUAUUUGCGUCUUUGGCUGCUUUGAUGUUUAAUUGCGUCAGAAAAGAGGAUAUUGAUUACUCACCUUAUGAUGAAGGAGAGUGGAGGUUGAAGCUGUGGCUAUUUAUUGCAUAUGUUGUAUCGUUUGUGUCUUUGGCUGCAUCAGUUGGUCUAUUGAUUCAAGAUGCGCUGGAAAAAUCUGGUCCUUCAGCUUGGACAGGAGUUGCAGGUGUUCUGCAAUGUGUGUGUGUCUUAAUCAGCGGGCUGGUCUAUUGGACAUCACACUCAGAAUCUUGAGAGGACACUGGAUGCCGUCUUACUCGAUCCAUUCUGUCAAGAAAGAGUUACAGUUUACUUGUAUAAAUGUGUGUUGGUUGUGCAGUGAGGCUAAGCACCAAAUAUAAAAACGCUCAUCGCUUCUUUCUUAUGAUAAUUAUUUAACUUGAAAAUUUCAUUGGAAAGCUCAAGGAAAUAUGUCUUGAAGUGGUUUGUUUCAAAAGACUUCAAUUAGUAUGUCUUCUACUUAAAGCAUGUCAUGCAUUGUAUCUUCCAUUCACGUUCAAACGUCUUUCAAGAUAUCCAAAUGGUUUUUUCGUCCUC